GGAGGAAUGAAGGAGUGGUCUGAGGAUGAAGACAACUCCCUCUCAGGAGAACUACUUAAAGCUGUGACAGAUCAAGCUAAAACUCAGUUGUAUCGAACCAUCACAAAAUGCAUCUCCUUGCUCUGGUCUUUGGGAUUGUGCUUCUCCCUGCAGCCUACCCCCUGAAAUGUUUUAGGUGUAUACCGGCAAGCUCGGGAACCUGCGAAGACACAGAAAAAGAAUGCCCUUCAUCAUCUUAUCAGUGUGGUGCACUGAGAAUCACUUCAUAUGCAGGUGGUUCAAAACUUGCUGACGUCCACAUGAAAACUUGUUUUUUGGCUGACCAGUGUGUUGAGGGCUCAGUCAACUUGGGAAUUUCCAGAACCGUACUCACCAGCAAGUGCUGCGCCUCCGAGCUCUGCAACACCCAACAUGCCCCUGAACCCAACCAGACCAGUCCCAAUGGUAAAAGAUGCUACCACUGCAAUGGACUAAAGUGCACCGCAACUCUAAACUGUCGGGGGAGUGAGGACCACUGCAUCUCAAAAACAGUGUCUUCAGGAGGUAAAAAGGCGAUCAUGAAGGGCUGUGCCUCCAGAGACAUGUGCACAAAUUCACAAAAUCCGCAGAUCAGAGGAGCCAUUGGAGGAGAAGUCACCUGCUGUCAGGGUGACUUCUGCAACAGCGCCAGCAGCACAAGUGCUGGCCUCCUGCUCCUGGUGGCACCGCUGGCCUCUUUGAUUGCGCUCUCUUAAGUGGUGACGAUGGCAGCAUCACUGCUCAGUUUUUCUUCUUAUCUACACCCAGCUUCAUAGCGGUCACACCCGUUUCCCUAUCCUUUCAGCCAAAGAGUGAGGAAGUUAAGUUAAGCAAGCAACGUACAGCAAUAUAACUAAGUGAACUUACGCUUUCCUCUGUCAACUGCCUCAUGCUGGUUCUAACCGGCUUAUUUUAUUAUUUAUUUUUUUGCAUGUUGCAUCUCAAGAUAAUUGCAACUGUUUUGCAAUGAAUAGCUGUCGAUGACAGCUGCCUUUUUUGUCUGAAGUGGAACAAGCAGAAUGUGAAGAUAUGUUGGUACAUAAUUUUAGUGCCAUUAUUAACCUGAAACCUAUUUUUAAUUGGAAUUAUUAUUAUUAUUAUUAUUGGAAAUAUUUUAAUGUUACUGAUGAUUAGCAAAAUAAAUACAUUUCUAAUA